AUGUUUGCUACCAAACCUAGUUCUCGAGAAGUAGCGAGAAAUCUUAAUGAAGAAUAUUCCUCAUACCCAGGCAUCAACAGCGCCCCCAAACUACGCCAUUCAACCACGGAAGACUUGGCAACACCUACUUGGAUAACAAAUGAAAGCAAGAUAAGACAAGCAACGAGCAUAGGCACCUUUUCCCCGCCAGGCACCACACGAUCCAACAAGAGUAAUGAAGGAGGUUUCUUUUCCUUGUUCAAAGGCACCAUAGAUCCAGACCUACAGAGCGACCUUUCGACACGACAUAUUCAAGAUGAGGAUGGUAAGGACACGGGAAAUCGCUUUGAAAUAUGGAGUCGAGUUUUACCUACGAGUGGAAGCCGCGGCCAACACCAUUUCGUCCUGUCUGAUAACCUCAAAUUCAUACUAAACUGUUGCAUGUGGUAUCUCUCCAGCUCACUGACCAACAAUGUGGGUAAAUCCAUCAUGAAUGCGUUCCAGUUUCCAGUGACACUGACAUUUGUGCAAUUUGGGUUGGUUGCUUUUUGGUGCUAUGUGAUUGCCGUGAUCAAGUCGAGUCGCAUUCGAUCACCCACACACGAUAUCCUCAAGACAAUUACACCACUGGCCUUGUUUUUGAUUGUGGGGCAUGUGUUUUCUAGCAUUGCUAUUAGCAGAGUCCCUGUGAGUUUGGUCCAUACAAUCAAGGCACUGGCACCAUUGUUCACUGUGCUGUUUUAUCGACUGGUCUUCCAAGUCAGCUACACACAAAGGGUCUAUGUGUCCCUGAUACCACUAACAGUUGGCGUGAUUCUUGCUUGCUCGUUUACGUUUUCCAACAACAUUGUUGGCUUAUCGUGCGCCCUGGGUUCAUGCUUCAUCUUUGUCACUCAAAAUAUCUUUAGCAAGAAGCUGCUGUUCAAAGAGUCGAAACUAGGAGAUCGAAACCCCAACAAGCUGGACAAAUUAAACGUAUUGUAUUACUCUUCCAUCAUCUCCUUCAUCUUGAUGGUGCCACUAUGGAUGUAUUACGACGGUAACGGCUUGUUCUUUGAUCAACAGCAACCACCAAUCAACGGUGCUGAAUAUACCAUGUCUACAUCCAAGCUGAUCAUCUACUUGUUUCUGAAUGGCACCAUGAACUUUUCCCAGAACUGGUUUGCAUUCACCACCCUUAGCUUAACGUCGCCUGUCACUUACUCCAUCUUGUCGCUGCUAAAGAGAAUCUUUGUCAUUGUCAUGAGCAUUGUGUGGUUUGGACAGCAUAUUUCAUUGACGCAAUUUGUCGGCAUCUUUUUGACGUUUGUUGGAUUGUGGAUGUAUCAAAAGGCGAAAUCAGACGUGGACAAGGGCGAAAUCAAAAUCAGAGAAAAGGAAUCCAUAGACAUGCUGCCCAUCCAACGGGAAUUGGAUGGCAUUGAUAUCAAGCUUAAAUAA